AAUACUACUUCAGAAAAUUCCUACUUAAAUUUAUCCGAUAUCUUCACACUGCCUGUGGCUUUAGAAAAUUUAUUUCUUAGAAUGUUUUCGCUGUUCUUGGCCGGAUUAAGUAUUUUAGAUUCAUCGAAGUUUAUGUGAAAUAAUGAGUGACACUAAAGUAUUAAGUACUACCCAAGUGGUCAAUAGCAUUGCUGUGCUCCUGUCUUUUUUCAUUGGUUACAAAUAUGCCUUGAAAAAGAAUAAAAAGAUUAAAAACGAUGCCGUAGCCUUAGCGGCUGCAAGCACAUCGGGCGACGCUAAUCUGUUUAGCAGUUUAUACCGGGACUGCAAAAUGGUUUUAGUAGUGCGUAAUGAUUUGGGAAUGAGUAAAGGGAAGAUUGCUGCGCAGUGCUGUCACGGUGCUGUGGGAGCUUAUCAAAAAGCUGUUAAGAGUAUACCUAAUAUCGUGAAAGCCUGGGAUAAUACGGGUUGUGCUAAGGUUGCUCUUAAAGUGAACAGUGAAGCCGAAUUGAUGGCUAUUAAACGAGCGGCCGAAACAAGAAAUCUAAACGUUUGUCUAAUCCGUGACGCGGGACGCACUCAAAUUGAACCUAAUUCAAAAACAGUUUUAGCAAUAGGUCCGGCUGACGUGAAAACUAUUGACGAGGUUACCGGUCAUUUAAAAUUAUUAUAAAAUCAUUCAAAUUGAUCAGCUGCUAA